AUGCAAAUGGAGGCUCCGAAAGCUGCCAGGCGGGUGCCGUACGGCAGAAUUGGUGAUUUCGUUGGGAAGCGAAUUCGCUUCAUUGGGCGUAUAAAAGAAGCCGAGGAAGACGCAAUUAUCCUUGAGGCUUCUGAAGGCAAAUGUGUAAAGUGCUUCCUUCGUGGGACCCCGCCUCCCUGCCGUUACGUGGAAGUGGUGGCAACAGUGCAAGAUGACCUGACAAUCAAGCAGGGAGAGCACGACCAGACUAUCCCUUUAGGUGACAACCUAGACAUUGAGCUUGCUGAUGCAGCCACAACAGCGACCUUCCACCCUCAGUUCAGCCAGAUGUUUGAGGCGGAAUAG